AUUUCCAGAACAUUGUGUUUCGUCACGAGGAAUUUUACUCAAUUUUACUGCCCUGGAUACAAAGGAGUUUCGUGAGCACCUCGCAACAGCGUCCUUUUGGAAACUAAAGGACGUAGCAGUGAUGUCAUGGCGAAGAGCAUCCUACUCAUAAUUUUUUGAAAGAAGAGGAGAGGAUUUUAAAAAAAAAUGGCAACCAGUAAUGUAAGCGGACAUAAGAGGAAUGGCUCAUCCUCUAGUAUGUUUGGCCACAAACGAACCGGAUCUGGUGGCGGAUUUAUCGGUCACAAAUGGGCCGAAAGUGGACACAAGCGUGCCGAGAGCAUAUCAAGUGCCUUUAGCCACAAACGCUCAGAAAGCGGCCAUAAAACUAGUGAGUUUGGUGGCUUUGGGCACAAAAGGUCGGAUUCAGGGAGUAAUUAUCAUUCAGGACACAGAAGAAAUGAGAGUAUGUAUGCCAUGACGGGUCUGUAUGCAGACAGUACUGGCGGCGGUGCUGGUGAAAAUGCAGAUCUCACACUGACUCACGAUACUGUCAUAAGAUGUCACAGUAGAAACCCCAGCUCUGGCGUUGUGGAUCAUAGAGAUUUCGUCAUCAAGUGUCAUAGCAGGAAUCCCAGUGCUUCCAUGAUAGACAGGACCGAAAAGGAAAGACCUCAGACACCUCCACUCAGUCCAGAUUCAAAGGAUUGUGGAAUCCUAACUUGCAGGCCUGCCUUUAUUCAAAGAUUCGCAGGCAUCAAGGUGUUUGUGUUCCUUUUAUCCUUUCUUGUCACGUUGCAACAAGCUCUCAGCUCAGGGUAUAUUAAUUCUGUGAUCACGACGAUCGAGAAGAGAUUUGAGAUCCCGUCCAGCCUCUCGGGUCUCAUCGCUAGCUCCUAUGAAAUAGGAAAUGUCAUCACCGUCAUCUUUGUCAGUUAUCUCGGUAGUCGAAGACAUAUUCCAGUUUGGAUAGCAAUUGGUGCGGUAAUAACAGGCCUCGGCUCAAUGAUCUUUAUGGUCCCGCAUUUUACAGCCGAACCAAAUCUUACAACCACUUCCAAUACCUCGAACUCGGACAACAUUUGUCGUGGAGUUUCGUUGCGUGAACAAGAUAUGGGAUUAGGUCGCCUUUCAACUGGUCUAGCUUCGCCGCCAUUAGCGCCUCAUAAUAAUUUAAGAGGCGAUAAUUGCAUUCAGGGAUCGCCCUCGACAGUCGGUCCUGUUUUACUCUUUAUACUUGCUCAACUUUUAUUAGGAUGCGGAGGUUCGCCUCUUUUUACACUUGGCACGACCUACAUAGACGACCAUGUCACCCAGGACAGUGCCUCCUUGUAUAUUGGCUGUGUCUACAGUAUGGCAGCCUUUGGACCAGUCCUAGGCUUCCUUCUCGGAGCUUUCCUCCUUUCAUAUCACAUGGAUUCCUUCGCUGGAACACUCAUCAGCAUCGAUCCAGGCGACCAUCGUUGGGUCGGAAUGUGGUGGGGAGGAUUUUUAUUGUGCGGUUUGCUCCUCAUUCUAACCGCGAUCCCAUUCUUCAGUUUUCCAAAAACCCUCCAACGCGAGAAGGAGAAAAUCAGGAUUUUAGAAAAAAGCAAACCACCUCCGGUUAAGGAAAAAGAGCCGACCAAGGAAGUCAAGAAAGCAAUAGAAGCUGAUGAUACCGGUUACGGAAAAGAUAUCAAAGACAUUCCACGAAGUAUGUGGAGACUCGUCUGCAAUCCGGUCUACAUCGUGACAUGUCUGGGUGCCUGCAUGGAGCUUGUAAUCGUCUCAGGAUUUGUCGUUUUCUUGCCGAAGUACUUGGAGACGCAAUUUAGUUUGGGCAAGAGCCAAGCGUCGGUCUUCACAGGUUCAAUCGCGAUACCGGGAGCCUGCAUCGGCAUUUUCAUCGGCGGUUGUUUGCUAAAACGCCUCGAGCUUCGGCCAAAGGGGGCUGUGCAAUUUGUUCUCGUCUCGAACAUUGUCUGUCUGACCUGCUACGGUUUAUUAUUCUUCCUCGGAUGCGACAAUGUCAAAAUGGCGGGCACCACUAUUCCCUACUUUAAUAGCAGCACCAAAGGGCUGGAGCCUUUUCAAGUGAAUCUCACGGCCGCCUGCAAUUUCGGCUGCGAGUGCCGUAUUGCGGAUGUUGAGCCUGUCUGCGGAAAUAAUGGUCUCACGUACUUCAGUCCCUGUCACGCGGGCUGCACUGCCUUCAGCUCCAAAUCAAACUUCACCAACUGCGCGUGUAUACAUGGAAAUUUGUCUGUUCUCGCUUCAGAAUUUGCAGAAGUGACAGUCGUCCCCGUAGCCACCGCCGGUCCUUGCACUUCGCCCUGUCGAACCAUAUAUCCGUUUCUUAUUCUCCUCUUUUUCAUGACAUUUGUCGUCGCCGUUACACAAAUGCCUUUGUUAAUGAUAGUCUUACGUUCUGUGUCCGAGGAAGAGAGAUCCUUCGCUCUGGGUAUGCAGUUUGUAAUUUUCAGGCUCUUCGGUUACAUACCUGCACCAAUUCUUUUCGGAAAUUUAAUAGACUCGACAUGUUUGCUCUGGAAGAGUACUUGCGGCGAAAAAGGAGGAAGAUGCCUUCUUUAUGAUAUCGAACAGUUCAGAUACAAGUACGUUGGACUUUGUGCUGGAAUAAAAAUUUUAGCUCUUGCACUCUUUUUGCUUGAUUGGUGGCUCGUCAGAAGGAGAAAACACAUGGAAGAUUUGCCACCGUCCCUAACAGUAAACGAGUUAGUUGGUUCUAUAAUAAGUCUCGACAAAUUGUUUGAGGAGAAACCACACAAUCCGGAAGUAGGCGAUGGAAAUGCAAGUUCGCCGAGUACAGGUAUUCCUAGCCAGUCGUCUAUUUCGUCUCCCACCGAACCCACAAAGUCAACCAACCUCGAGGAAACUGAAUCUUCAAGUCGCUCAAAAAAUGAUCUGGAAAUUUCGGACACAAGGCAGGCACUUCUUGCCGCCGAGGAUCUCUACACCGAUUUCAAACCCGCCUCAGACAAGAAUGAAACUCAAGAUCUGACCGUUUAAUGGUGGCUUUACUCUAGCCUCUAUUUUAAAUAUCAAACCUAACAUUUGUGGCGAAAUUCGUUCUACCCGGAAAAUAAUUUGCCACACUUAAAUCCAAAAAAGUAGGAACGUACUUUUUUUCAGACAGGUGAAAAUUUCUCUACUCGAGGUCUCCAUCUUUCCAGUUGUCAGCAAUAUUUUUUU